GGACUGGCGGGGACCUGCUGGCUUUCCCUAAUUUAUUUAUUUAUUUAUUUACUUACGAUGUAUCUCGUCCGAUGCAGAAUUGAACCAGUUUAAACAUAAAAUGAUCUCGCUGUCUCAUCACUCUCCAACAUUUCUUUGAGACUCGAUUCUUCUUGUCUGGCCAAUAUGCUACCGCCAGUCGAUAAUUCCGUCUUAACGAACAAUCCUCGAUUCGAGAAACUAUACAACACCAUCACCACCUCGAUACUCAACCCGGAUGGCUCUACCAAGCUCGACCCGUCGGCUAAACAGCGAGAUGCUGUACGCGAAGAACUCCAAGCAUACCGCCUAAAAGCAGCUAGAGUCCAUCUCCUCCGCACCGCCAUUUCGACCGCUGCUUCAACCCAAACAACCCCAACAGCAGCAGCAGCGCCCAGUCAAGAACCAGACCAAGGACACCAAAAACAGCAAAGCCGAUAUCAACAAAAACAUCCGAAAUCUCGCCAACCAUCACAGCUCCAAGCCCAACAACAAUCCUUACCUCCAGACCUCCUCCAACUCCUCCUCUUACUCUCCUCGUUCCUCAACAACGCCUCGCAUCUCCCCGCACAAUCCGUAUCCCUCCUCCUCACCAGCCCCCCAUUCACGCAUCUCCCGACAUUCUUCCCACACAUCGCAGCGCUAGUAUCAUCCGUCCUCACAUCCGACGCAAAGGCUCUCGCGCGCGUGCUAUCACCAAGCACAAACCCGUCAUACAUCCACCGCGCAAUCCCGUCCCUACCACGCAUAGCCAGCACCCUCAUCUCAGACCUCACAUGCACCAAACAAUCCCUCUCGCACGCCAGACUCUCGGCAACAGCCUCCCUAGCACAACACCACACAUCACACACCGAAGUCCUAAAGCUCCUUCUCCGAUCCCUCGAAGCCAAACACGGCCCCAUGGCACGAAUCUCCGAGCUCCGCGCGCAAAACGCCUCGCAAAACGCACAAGCCUGGGCCAUCGCCGCCGAGGCUCUCCUCUGGGAGACGCGACACCGCGUCUACCCUCCUUCGGCACGUUCCGCCCUUCUCCAUUACCGGCAGCACUUACUCGACGCGGGCCGCAGACUGGAAGACGGGUCGCGCACGCGCGAGGCGGAAUUAGCUGAUUACGGCGUGGACGUGGAUAAGCUGCGAAAAGACGCUUUAACAGGGGCUGGUGGUAGUGAGUCACAGUCACAAGGAAGAAGAAGAGGGAGGAGGGGGACAACGGUGGUAGAUGAGAAUAAGGAGCGAACAAUGAGGGAGAUGGCGCGCGUGUGGCGCGAGAUGGAAACGAGAUUAAGAGAGAUCAAUGGGGAUUUGAACCGUUUGCGGUGAGCCUAGCUAACAGAGCGGGUUUCAGAGAGAGAGAGAGAGAUGGCAUAGGUUUAGAGAUUCUGAUAGUUGUAGAUACCCUUUGUGUUCGCGAGAGAGAGAAGAAAAGAAGAAAUCCAAUCUAUGUAUGUACGUAUAUACACCCCUCGGCA